GUGUGUGUGUGUGUGAGAGGGAAGUCCGCACUUGGCCACGCCCCCUGGUCCUAAUUGGGUGUGCAGUUUAAGAGAGGUUGCAUGAGAGCAGUGAGCGUGUCUGCAGCUAUGCUCCUGCUCCUCCUCCUCCUCCUACACGCGUCCUGCUGCUCCUCGUGGAUGAUGGACAUGUCCAACUACAACUACAACAACCACACCGAGCAUGUAGCGGACUAUCGCACUGAGCAUGGAGCGGACUACCGCAGCACGCACGCCAACAACAACAACACCAUGAUGAUCAUCAACAACAACAACAACAACAAGAACAGGGCAACAACAGGUGGAAGGACAAACAAGUCAGUCACACACAGCGCCUCGGAGCUGAGCUGCCGGGAGCUGCGGUCCACGCGCUACGUGGCAGACGGGCCGUGCCGCAGCGCCAAGCCGGUGAAGGAGCUGCUGUGCUCGGGCCGCUGCAUGCCCUCGCACCUCCUGCCCAACUCCAUCGGCCGCGCCAACUGGUGGAGGAGCGGCGCCUCAGACUACCGCUGCGUGCCGGCGCACUCGCGCACCCGCCGGCUGCGGCUGCACUGUCCCGACGGCGGCACCCGGACUCACAAGGUCCGCGCCGUGACCUCCUGCAAGUGCAAGCGCUUCCGGCCGCACCACAACCGGUCCGAGGCCAAGGAGGUUCCGCGCGGGAAGAAGAACGGCCGCCCGGCUCGGGAGCGCGGCAAGAACGCCACGCCUCUGACCGGCAACUCGUACUGACGCCCGAGGGGGGAAGACGCUCCGGUUGACCGACACGGCGCCCUCUGGAAGAGGAGACUUUCUACUCCACAGUUCAUAAGCUAACUGCUGGCUCGACUUUUACAUGACGGACCUUCCAAGUCGGGACGAGGAGACGUGGACUCUGACAUAAACCUGUGACCAAGGAGACGUGGUCUGGACUCUGAUAUAAACCUGUGACCAAGCAAACACCCGCUAGCUUUAAGGCGCUCCAAAGGAACUGUAAUCCAUCUGCUUCUGCCUAGACGGGACGCUGGCAGCUCGGGGU